GGGCGGCCGGGCCGCGAUGGCCGGGCGGGGCGGUGGCUGCCCGCCGCCGUGCGCCGGGGCGCAGCCGGGGCAGGGGGUGGGCGCUGAGAGGCGGCGGCGCCAGCAGCAGCAGCCGGAGCAGCAGCAGCGGCGGGAGCAGCAUGCGCGGGCCGGCGGCGGCCCCGCGGCUCCCCCGCGGCGGCCGCGAGGGGCAGAGCGGGCGGCCGCGAUGGAGCCGGGCCCGCGGCACCGCCCCGCUGCGCGGCCGCGCUGCCCGCGGCGCUGGUGGCGGCGGCGGCGGCCGCGCUGGGCGCUGGCGGCCGCGCUGCUGGGCGCCGCGCUGGCGCUGUACGCCUGCCUGCGGGAGCCGCCGCCCGCCGGGGCCGGGGCCGGGCCGGGGGCCGGGGCCGGGGCCGGGGCCGGGGCCGAGGUGAGCGUGCUGCUGUGGUGGGAGCCCUUCGGGCGGCCGCGGCGGGCGCCCGACUGCCGGCGGCGCUACAACAUCACGGGCUGCCGCCUGAGCGCCGACCGGGGCCGGCUGGGCGAGGCGCGGGCCGUGCUCUUCCACCACCGCGACCUGGCGCUGCACGGCGCCCAGGGGCUGCCCCGCGCGCCCCCGCCGCGGCCCCCGGCCCAGAUCUGGGUCUGGAUGAACUUCGAGUCGCCCUCGCACUCGCCCGGCCUGCGCGCCUUCGCCGGCCUCUUCAACUGGACCAUGUCCUACCGGGCGGACUCGGACGUCUUCGUGCCCUACGGGUACCUCUACGCGCCGCCGGCGCCGCGCCCCUUCAGCCUGCCCCGCAAGACCCGCCUGGUGGCCUGGGUCAUCAGCAACUGGAACGAGGAGCACGCCCGCGUGCGCUACUACCGCCAGCUGAAGGAGCACCUGGCCAUCGACGUGUACGGGGCGCGGGGCCUGGCGCUCGCCGAGGGCGGCGUGGUGACCACCGUCUCCGCCUACAAGUUCUACCUGGCCUUCGAGAACUCCCAGCACACCGACUACAUCACCGAGAAGCUCUGGAGGAACGCCUUCGCCGCCAGCGCCGUCCCCGUCGUCCUCGGCCCCCGGAGGGCCAACUACGAGCGCUUCAUCCCGCCCGACUCCUUCAUCCACGUCGACGACUUCCCCAGCCCCCGGCGGCUGGCCACCUACCUGAAAUUCCUCGAUAAGAGCAAGCCGAACUACAGGCGCUAUUUCGCCUGGAGGAAGAAAUACGAGGUCCACGUCACCUCGUUCUGGGACGAGCAUUACUGCAAGGUUUGCGAGGCCGUGAGGACGGCUGGGAAUCAAAUCAAGACCGUGCGAAAUCUGGCCAGCUGGUUUGAAAGCUGAUGGCUCUGGCGGGCGAGGCUUGCCGGGCCUCUCCUGGGAACAGGCUCUGUCAGGGCUGAGCGAGGGCUGGCUCUCGCGGAGGUCGCCUGCUUGGCCAAAGCGGUACGUGGAGGUCUGUCGUCGUCAAGAAAAGCGUACGGAUGCAGGCAAAUAAGCUGUGAAAAGUUGAAAAAAGGGAGACUUUUUAUGAAAGUGCAACAUUAUGAAAGUAUGAAGGACUGUCAGGCAGCUCUUCAAGACUGAAACUAAGCUUCCAGAAGUCCUGCAGAUCUGAAACCUUUACAGUUGUGCAUAGCUAGACAUAAAUAAACUAUGCCAAGUCCUUCAGCCAUACAGCUGAAACCAAUUUUGUCAGCAACGACAGCUUCCUGGACCAAGAAACUUUCUUCUGCUCAUAGGAGAUACGUGAUCAGUGCUGGCUUUCUGUACUCUGAAGACAUAUUUUUGCUACACAAAGGCAAAUAUAUUCAACCGUGAUUAUAAGGAAUAUGAAGAAGCUUUUGCAGGCAAAUUUUUAGGCUCAAGUGUUGAAUGGAAGAAUGUAAUGAUAUAGUAGCACUUUUUAGCAAUGUUUUAAAUUGCAGCAACCAAAUAAUAACUCCUUGAGCCAAAUAAAAAUUCCAGUUAGGAAAAAGUGUGUGGAAGGGUCUGGGUCUGAGUGGAACAGACGCCUCAGAUAAUAUGAAGUAUUUCUUCCAUUGCCUACUAAAGCCAAAAGCACAUUUAUGCCGUAUGAAAGUGGAGAAGAGCUAUAAGUACAGGAAAAAGCAGAAUGUAGAAAUAAAGCUGGAACAUUCCCACCCUUGCUUUAUUCAGGAAUUAGUUGAUGUUUACAGGAGUCUGUAUGUUUUCACUGCAAAAUUAGUGCCAUAUAGGAAAAAGCAGGGAAAGACUCAGAACUGCAGAUUUUUUUAUUACUAUCUUGAUUAUGUAUACAAAAGAUUAACUUAUUUCUCUGUUAUCUUUAGAAUAUGUAGAAAUUAUUUUAGUUUAUAGCAUGUAUUUUUAAAAAUUCUGCCAGGUGAUGGAUGAUUCAGAAGGCCACUUUGCUGUUUGUAAAAAUAAUAAUUAAAAAAAGAAAAGAAAAAACGAACAGCCUAAGCCCCAAAACUUUUCCAAAAGAAAACUACUGUAUAGAAUAACAUCUGAACUGUUGUUAAAAACUUAGACUGUACAAAGAAAGAACAUGAAAGGGAGAGGAAGAGUUACUAUUUUUUUCUUUUGGUUUUGAGGGUGUCUUCCACCUCAGCUUUUUCUUUUCUUUUUCUUCAAUAUAUGAAUAGAUUCCCAAGCUAAGACUUCCUCAGUUGUUGCCUACGGAGAAAACUUACAGUAGAUGUUCCCAAGCCUUUCAAGCUCUGCCACUUUGCUGGACUAAGAUCUUCCUAGUAGUCAAUGUAUGAUAUUUUUUGGUUACUUGCAUCUUGUAUGCUGUAAUCUGGAAGGAAACUUCAAUUGCAGUUUCCUGGUCCUCAGGAUGCUCAGCGCCCUCCCUCCUCUCCUGCCACUGUAAGAUUUGGUGGUAAAAAGUGGUACCCUACAAGAGUGCAGGACAAAUGAUUAUGGGUUUCGUCCAGCAGCUAUUUGAGGUCAUGGGAUUACCCAGAGACUUCACUUGGAAUAAAAGCAGGGGGAACGGAACAGGUGAGGAAACAAGAAUGGCAGUUUUAAAUGAACGAGGGGUGUCAGAAGAGGUGAGUUUACUGGCAUUUGUGAGUAGUAUUUAGGGUGGAAUAAGGUUAGGUUUGACUCAAGCAAUAAGGGGUGUCAAGUAGGUUCUCUAUAGUCAUUAGCUGACAGCUGACUGUAAUUUAUUUUAAAUUAGAUGUUCCUUAUGAUUGGCUAAGCAGGGAGCUAAAGGCUAUUGAAAAAAAUCUGUAAUAAUAAUGAAGCUUGUGGGUAAUUUGGUACAGAUUUACUAGGUGAGAUCAUGCUGGCUCCAGUGUCUAUUCCCUUCUUUUAUUGUGCAAGGAAAGACGGCUAAAAGUGCUUCAUGAACUUUUCUGUUGUUAAUUGUAGAGUUGCUGCAGGGAUUUUAUGUGGAAAGCGGAGAAGACGGUUAACUCAGUGCAGAGCACAGUAGCAAUGGUCCCUGAUGCUGCAUUUUCCUUCAGAGAGGUCUUAAGUGAUAGUUUAAAGCAGGAGCUUGUUGACAGCAUGCCAUCUGUUCCUCUGCCCAGUGGCUACUAGUUCUGCAAAACUGCUGUUUUGAGAUCUUUAAAAAAAUAAUUCUAAGUAUAGCAUUAACACUGAUACCUAGUGUCAAGAUAAUAGAAUCUCCUUUUGAUCUAUCCUUUUUUUGUCUACUUUUUAAUCACAGUUCACUUAAAUGUAUACAAAAAUCUGUUCUUAAAAGUAGUGAGUUAUCUUUUAAACUGCUUUUUAAAACUACACUGCUUUUCAUCAGGCUGCUAAAAAUAAAGUAUUUUUUCAGUCUUUCUAAAUUCUUUAGCAUUCCCUGAAAGCUUCCUGACGCACUGUCUUCUGUGUAAUCAUUAGUAAUGCCCCAGGCAGAAGAUCUGGCUGUAAUACCUAGUAUAGGCAUUUCCAAAGAUUGCAACUGAUACUUUUUUCUCAGUCUUUCCAAGAGAAGCAGGAAUUAAAAUCAUAGAGUAAUUAGAGUUUUAUAAAAUUCAGAAAACAGUCAUGCCAUAAUCUAAAGCAUCAUUUUGAAUGAAAAGAUCACAGUUGUGCUGUAUUUGUAAAUAACGUAUUGAGUAUUUUCAAGAAUUUCAUAAUGAAAGCUGCAGUUUUGUAAAAACUGUUACAAAGUACUUGCUUAGGAAGAAAAGUAGCCUUUUCUGGUUUCAUACUAUUCGCAUAAGCUUUGCACAGGUUUCCCUUUAGAUUUGGGAGGAAGUUCAGACUUGGUCUACAGCUGCUGAAGUCAGUUAUGCAACAUCUCUGUGAAUCUAGUCUGACUUUUGGCUUGCUCUGCAGACUGAUGGGCAAGAAGCUAAUAGUAGGCAUACUGUUAUAAGUGAAGGACUUCUUUUUCUAAAUUCAGUUUGUAGAGUCCAAAUUCAGUGAUAAGAAAUAAAUUUGUAUUAGCAAGUUGGAUUGUAGAUCAUGUACAUCUCCACAAGAUGCUGCAGGUGAUAUAUAUAAUCCAUCCAUAAAAAAUUAAGUCUAUUUAUUUUCUAUUCUAAAUAGAAAAAUCUUUCCAAAUACCUUUUGAAAAAGUGGUUUUGUUCUAUGCCUAGAAUUGUUGGGGUGGAGGUGGAGGAAAUUAAGGCAAUUAUGUUCUUCUUUUAAUGCGAAGAAUUAAUAUUACUGUUUGAUUAUGGUUUAAAUGGAAUAAAGAAGUAUGUGAUCCUUUCCUUUAAGUUACAUAUAAUGCUUGUAUUGUAUCUCAGGGAGUUUUAUACUGUAAAGUCUCUUAACGUUCAUGGAAUGGACUAGCUUUAUAUUUGUAUUAAUUAUUUAGAUUAACACUCAAUAAAAUUACAGAAAGGAA